CGGGCAGUAAGCAGAUAGAGAAACUGUUGCUUCGGACACUGAAUGUCUCGCGUGGACGGCGAGCGUCGCGGCAUAUCCUGAGACGCCGAUAUGCGACGUCCAUCUACGUCGUCGCGACGGUUACGGACGCUCCGCUCCUGCUACUGUUCGAUGUAACGCACGACACGUGUUCGCGGUUGACGUGUGCUCGUGUGAAUGUGAUGCGGUUGAUCGGAUGUGAUCUCGUGCAUUUAAGGGUUUUUGUUGUUUUUUCGUGUUGUAAGUUUGCGGUUCGUCAGCUUAGGAAUUCUGCGUUUAACGUUUAGGCCGAGAAAUUUUCAAACUGCAGCAACGUUUCAUUCCAGAAUGACCUAACAAUGCAAACGUAUAGUUACAUCUCAACUUAGCGACCUUUCGAACACUAAAUGUUAGUGACUUACGACGAUCCGCGACCAACGAACAAUGACUUAAAACGAACUAGUGCCGACGAUGCGGAAGUGAUGGUAAAAUGUUGGACAUUUUCCGCGGCCUCAAAUCGCUCGUCCGCGUCAGUCACAUCCACAUCGACUCGCCAGUCUUCCGACUGCACCAUUCGAUCACCGUCUCGAUCCUCAUCGCCUUCAGUCUCAUCGUCACCACGAGACAGUACGUCGGGAACCCGAUUGAUUGCAUCCACACCAAGGAGAUCCCCGAGGACGUCUUCAACACCUUCUGCUGGAUACAUUCGACGUUCACGGUAUCCACGAACAAGCAGGAGCCUUACGCCAAGAUGUACCUGCCCGGGAAUCCUGGGAUAAGGACGACGCACGACGAGAAGGAGAAGAAGGUGUAUCGGUAUUAUCAGUGGGUGUGCUUCUGCUUGUUUUUUCAGGUAAG